GCUCUUGGGAACUGGGUUGCAGCCGAGCUAGCGCUAGCCAGGCGCAAGCGCGCACAGACUGCAGCCACCCGAGGACCUCCCCCCGCCCAGGCCACCCGGGGACCCCCGCACGGAAUCGCUUCUGGAUCCCCGGCAGUCGGCAGGAGUGUCGGAGGUUGGCGCGGCCCCCGCCCACCGCGCCCCCCACGGGAAGGAAGCAGCCCCCGAACUAAAAAGAGCAGAGCGGAAAGCAGCCCUCAUUCGCCGGCCAGGAGGCGAGCCGAUGCCGAGCUGCACCGCGUCCACCAUGCCGGGGAUGAUCUGCAAGAACCCAGACCUCGAGUUUGACUCGCUGCAGCCCUGCUUCUACCCGGACGAAGAUGACUUCUACUUCGGCGGCCCCGACUCGACCCCCCCGGGGGAGGACAUCUGGAAGAAGUUUGAGCUGCUGCCCACGCCCCCGCUGUCGCCCAGCCGUGCCUUCCCGGAGCACAGCCCGGAGCCCUCGAACUGGGCCACCGAGAUGCUGCUGCCCGAGGCCGACCUGUGGGGCAACCCGGCCGAGGAGGACGCGUUCGGCCUGGGGGGCCUGGGCAGCCUCACCCCCAACCCGGUCAUCCUCCAGGACUGCAUGUGGAGCGGCUUCUCGGCCCGCGAGAAGCUGGAGCGCGCCGUGAGCGAGAAGCUGCAGCACGGCCGGCCGCCCGCCGCGGGGCCCGCUGUCCCGGUGCCGGGCGCGGGGACCGCCAGCCCUGCCGGCCGCGGGUGCUGAGGGCCCGCCCACCCGGCCGCCGAGUGCGUGGACCCCGCCGUGGUCUUCCCGUUCCCGGUGAGCAAGCGCGAGCCCGCGCCCGCGCCCGCCGCCCCGGCCGGGGCCCCGGCGGCCGGAGCUGCGGUCGCCUCGGGGGCGAGCGCCACUGCCCCAACCGGCGCCCAGGGGGCUGCCCUUCCGCGCGCCGGCGACCACAAGGCCCUCAGCACCUCCGGAGAGGACACCCUGAGCGACUCAGAUGAUGAAGAUGACGAAGAGGAAGAUGAGGAGGAAGAAAUUGACGUGGUGACAGUGGAGAAGCGGCGUUCUUCCUCCAAUAGCAAGGCUGUCACCACCUUCACCAUCACUGUGCGUCCCAAGGGCGCAGCCCUGGGCACGGGGAGGGCUCCUGCGGGUGAGCUGAUCCUCAAACGCUGUGUCCCCAUCCACCAGCAGCACAACUACGCCGCCCCCUCGCCCUACGUGGAGAGCGAGGACGCGCCGCCCCAGAAGAAGAUCAAGAGUGAGGCAUCCCCGCGUCCCCUCAAGAGUGUCAUCCCCCCAAAGGCUAAGAGCUUGAGCCCCCGCAACUCUGACUCCGAGGACAGCGAGCGCCGCCGGAACCACAACAUCCUGGAGCGCCAGCGCCGAAACGACCUGCGGUCCAGCUUCCUCACGCUCAGGGACCACGUGCCAGAGCUGGUGAAGAACGAGAAGGCCGCCAAGGUGGUCAUUUUGAAAAAGGCCACCGAGUACGUCCACUCCCUUCAGGCCGAGGAGCACCAGCUUUUGCUGGAGAAGGAGAAGUUGCAGGCAAGACAGCAGCAGUUGCUAAAGAAAAUUGAACACGCUCGGACUUGCUAAACGUUUCUCAGAACUGGACAGUCACUGCCACUUUGCACAUUUUGAUUUUUUUUUUUUUAAACAAACCUUGUGUUGACAUUAAGAAUGUUGGUUUACUUUCACAUCGGUCCCCCGUCGAGUUUGGAUCUGGGUGGGGAGCAGGAUAUGUGGGGUUCUGCCAGGACCUCGGAGAGGGCCUGCGGGAUGGGAUGCUAGGUGGCCCUUACAGUUUCCUCCACGUCACCUUCGAGCCAGCCGUCGAAGUUCGUGACAGUUGGGAGCCUCUGGGGCUGUUGAAGUCACCUUGUUUGUUCCAAGUUUCCAGACGACAGAAAGUCAUUCCUUCUUUUUAAAAUGGUGCUUACGUUCCAGCAGAUGCCACGUAAGGGGGUUGCCAUUUGAAACCCCUGGGGAACAUUUCUGUAAAUACCAUUGACACACCUGCCUUUGUAUACGUCCUGGGUAAUGAGAGGUGGCUUUUGCGGCCAGUAUUAGACUGGAAGUUCAUACCUAAGUACUGUAAUACCUCAAUGUUUGAGGAGCAUGUUUUGUAUACAAAUAUAUUGUUAAUCUCUGUUAUGUACUGUACUAAUUCUUACACUGCCUGUAUACUUUAGUAUGACGCUGAUACAUAACUAAAUUUGAUACUUAUAUUUUCGUAUGAAAAUGAGUUGUGAAAGUUUUGAGUAGAUAUUACUUUAUCACUUUUUGAACUAAGAAACUUUUGUAAAGAAAUUUACUAUAUAUAUAUGCCUUUUUCCUAGCCUGUUUCUUCUUGUUAAUGUAUUUGUUAAUGUUUGGUGCAUAGAACUGGGUAAAUGCAAAGUUCUGUGUUUAAUUUCUUCAAAAUGUAUAUAUUUAGUGCUGCAUCUUAUAGCACUUUGAAAUACCUCAUGUUUAU